AUGGCAGACAUCAUUCAGGAAAAGCUGGCCAAGUACCGCACUGCUCCAUUUGAUGCAAGGUUCCCCAAUACGAAUCAGAACAGACAUUGCUGGCAGAACUACCUCGAUUAUCACCGAUGCCUAAAGGCUUUGACCGCCAAAGGAGAGAAAGUCACACCCUGUGAGUGGUACUACCGGGUGUAUAAGUCCAUGUGUCCCAUAUCCUGGGUUACCAAGUGGGAUGAACAGAGAGAGGCCGGAACAUUCCCUGGGAAGAUAUGA